UACGAUUUCAAAAAAGAUAAUGAAUGUGGCAUAUGGCCCACAAUUCCUAACCGAUGAGAAUUGUGUGGUACGAGCGGGGAAGAUGUUUGACAAUUUUGAUUUAAACUGAUAAAAUAAUAAUCUCAAAAUAUGUACUUUGGCCUACUGUGAUAACUAGAUAUAUAAGAUAUUUAACAAAGUAUGGAUUUUACCGUUACGCAGAUAAAAAAGAACAGUUGCACAAAUAUCUUUAAUCAAACACUAUGAAGUUUUUUCAAUUCCUAUUAGUUAUACAUUUAAUCAACAACUCUGUUUCAUCCAUAAGUUUAUGUGGCCCAUGGACAGGUAAAAUUACAACCAAUAAGUCUGAACAUGAAAUUACAUUCUCUGCAAUUGUACCAGGAGGAAUUUAUACAGAUUUAAACAAAGCCAAUAUUAUACCAGAUAAUUUUAUUGGGCACAAUGAUGUGAAAAACCGUUGGGUUGGUAAUCAAUUGGUUACAUACACUAAAAAGUUUUAUGUAAAUGACACUUUUCUAAAUGCACCUAAAGCGGUGCUAGUUUUUCAUGGUUUAGAUACAUUUGCUACAAUCUUUUUAAAUGCUCAUGAAAUUGGACAAGCAUCAAAUAUGUUUCUACGAUACACAUUUGAUGUUACAAAGCACUUGAAAAAAGGAGAGAAUAUACUAAUAGUCUCCUUUUCUUCUGCUGUUAAAGAAGCUCACAUUUUAUAUAAAGAGCAAGCAAUGAAAUACAUUGUUCCUCCAGUAUGUGUUCCAGUUAAUUACAAUGGAGAAUGUCAUGUUAAUCACAUCAGAAAAAUGCAAGCAAGUUUCUCAUGGGAUUGGGGUCCAGCAUUUCCCUCUAUGGGCAUUUGGAAAGAUGUGGAAUUAAUUCCAGUAAAUGAAAUCUUUAUUACGGAUAUUACAACAGAUAUUUUUAAAGAAGAGAAUUUUUGGCAUGUUACUAUAACAAUAUUUCUCGACGUUACAUUACCGAAAAAUAAUAAACCUUUACCGAUACCUUGCCAUAUUUCGUCUGUUCUUUAUGUUAACGAACAAUUAAAUAUUAAUAAUUGUAGUACUGUUGCUUUGGAGGCAAACAAUAAGUAUCUAAACACGACUAUCAGUCUCAAAAUACCCGUAGAUCUCGUAGAUAAAUGGUGGCCAAAUGGUUACGGGAAUCAAACUCUUUACUUACUGACUGUGACUGUAACCACGCCUAGUACUACCAAGCAAAAAACAAUGCGCGUUGGUUUCAGAACGAUAGAACUAGUACAAAAGCCUCUAAAGGAUGGAUUAAGCUUUUAUUUCCAAAUAAAUGGCGUUCCUAUAUUUGCAAAGGGUAGCAACUACAUUCCAGCUAGCAUUUUUCCUGAACUGAGCGCUAAAAUGGAUAAAAUUAAACAUUUAUUAACAUCCGUUAAAGAAGCAAACAUGAACAUGCUUAGGGUUUGGGGUGGUGGUCUUUAUGAAUCCGAAUUAUUCUAUAACUUGGCUGAUGAAUAUGGAAUUAUGAUUUGGCAAGAUUUUAUGUUUGCAUGCGGAAUGUAUCCUACUACAGAGACAUUCCUUGACUCGGUAAAGGAAGAAGUUGUACAAAACGUACGGAGAUUAAAACAUCAUCCCAGUAUUGUUCUUUGGGCUGGAAAUAAUGAAAAUGAAGCAGCUUUAUAUGGAAAUUGGUACGAUACUGGCGCGGCACAAGUCUACAAAAAUGAUUAUAUUAAGCUGUAUGUAGAUUUGAUAAAAAAGGAAGUAGAGCAAUUAGAUCCUACACGGCCGUUCGUAGUAUCUAGUCCUAGUAACGGAUUAUAUACCGAGCAGUAUAACUAUAUUGGGGAAGAUCCAUAUUCGAAAUUAUAUGGAGAUGUUCACUACUACAACUAUAUCAAUAAUGGUUGGGACAUGCACCAAUAUCCUUGUACAAGAUUUGCAUCCGAAUACGGAUUUCAAUCGUUACCAUCAAUUUAUACUAUAUUGCCAGUUGUAGAAACAAUUGCCGAUUUGAACAUAGACAGUGACUUUAUGAAACAUCGUCAGCAUUUAUCAUUAGGAACGAUAUUUAUGAGGGCUCUUAUUUCAAAGAAUUUAAAAAUACCUGAAAUUCAAAAUAGUACGAGAAAUUUUCUCAAUUUCAUAUAUCUAAGUCAAAUAAAUCAAGCUGUCUCUGUAAAGGUACAAACAGAAUAUUAUCGACAAUCGAUGUCCGAGUUAAACGAAUUAGGAGAAGGGAUGACAAUGGGUGCAUUAUAUUGGCAAUUAAAUGAUGUUUGGCAAGCUCCAUCAUGGUCUUCUAUAGACUAUGAUGGGCGAUGGAAAAUGCUUCAUCACUAUGCCAAAGAAUUUUUUGCACCCAUUAUAGUCACAUAUUAUGAUAGAAAGACCAAUUUUGCAAUUUAUAUUGUUUCCGACAAGUUAUAUCCGAUAGAAAAUAUAACUUUGGAAGUAAAUCUUUAUACAUGGAAUAAUAUGAAGCCUGUGCAAUCACAUAUUAGUAGCAACAUAACUAUAAAAGCAAAUGCAGUAACUAAAAUUCAUGAUGAUCUGCUCAAAUAUUUUUGGAUAUCAAAUUCUACGUUACUCGAUGAGUGUACAAAAGCCAGUUGCAUUACAACACUUACCUUAAAGGAUAAAACUGGAUCUCAGAUAGCACCAAGAAAUUACAUAUAUCCAACCAAUGUAUUAAAAACUGUUGUCUUGCCAAAUGCAAUCAUUUCUGUAAAAGUAAACGAUAAUCAUUUACCUGGAAUUUAUUCCAAUUAUCCAGAUAUAGAGUUUGAAUUAACGACAAACAAUAUAGCACUUUUCGUAUGGUUGGAAGUUGAAGAUAUUUGUGGACAUUUUUCGGAAAAUGGUUUUCAUAUGUUUGAGAGUAAAAAACGAAUAAUUUUCCAUGUAUGCGAAGCAACAACACCCGCAGUGUUUAAAGCAAAGUUACACGUUACUACACUCUCGGAUAUUUAUAAUCCAAGCAAAGAAGAUACAAAUCACAUUCUAACCAAAAUACGCGGGAAUAGUUUCGUCUGAUGGCGAAUGAAGAAUUCCGUUACAACGAUGUUGCACGCAAGAAAGUGGAACAUAAAAAACAGGAUAGCAAUCAUGGGCCCACGAGUAAACCAAAGCUCCAAUGUAGCUGGGAUGCAAGCGAAAUAUGCGUCCAAAAAUGGCACAGCUCCAAGU